AGAACUCCCUGCUGUCUGUCGCCGUCUUUUCAUACCCGCAUACACUCUCUAGAAGUUCUUCUGGCUCUCGAGAUUAAAAAAUAUGGCGACAUCCAUGGCAGCCGCGCUUGCGGCCUCCCUCCCAGCACCCCAGGCCGCACCUACACCUGCCGCACCCACAUAUGAAGCCAUCCCGGCCUCCAUGUCCAAGGCGAUCGACAUCGAGGCCGAGAUCCCUGUCACGUCCAUCCAGCUCGAUGGCAUGGUCGUUUCAAAAAUCAUCAAACACAGUUCCGAGGCGCAUUCCCCCAUCGUGCAUGGCCUCCUCCUCGGCCUCGACAUCGACGGCACCCUCGAAGUCUCGAACUCGUUUCCGCUGCCGCACCACAGCAACGACGAAGACGACAAGCAGGCAAAAAACUCCGGACGCUACCAGGCCUCCAUGCUGCGGUCGUUGAAGGAAGUGCGCGCAGACGACAGCGUCGUGGGAUUUUAUCAGUCGACGACGAUGGGUGCGUUUUUCAGGCAGACGAUGCUUGACACGCAGGCCCUUCAUCAAGAUAGGCUCAGACAUGGCGGCAUCAUCGUUGUGCAUGACAUUUCGCAGACGACGCGGGGCAACGCAUCCUUCCGGGCGUUCCGGCUAUCGAAGGAGUUCUUAGACGCAUAUAAGAAGCGCAGCUUCAGCAGCCAAUCGCUGAUCAGCCACAAGCUGACCUUCUCGUCGAUCCUCGAGGAAGUCCCCCUGACCGUCCGAACGAGCCCCCUCCUGUCCGCUUUCCUCGAGACGCUCUCGCAGACGCGCCGAUCUGCGCUACCGGACGCGUCAUUGGAUGACUCGCUAUCGGCCCUGCCGCCGACGUUCUCGACGCUUGAUCUUGGGAACAACGCGCUGACGAAAAACCUGGAGCACGUCAUCGAGACGCUGGACAACUACAAAACCGAGGAAGGAAACCUGGCGUACCUUUCGCGGCAAAUCGCACGUGAGAAGUCGCGGGCGGACUCGUACGUGGCGAAGCGGAAGGAGGAGAACGCGACUCGCGUCGCGCAGGGACUCGCACCGCUUCCGGAGGAGGACGUGAACCGACUGUUCAAGAUCCCACCGGAGCCGAGCCGGUUGGAGAGCAUGCUCUUGUUAGGACAGAUAGACGCGUACGCGAAGACGCUAGAGGGGACGGCGAGCACGAGUCUUGUAAAGAUGUACGCUACCAAGGCGAGCGCCGGCGCGUGAGAGCCGGAAAGCCAUGUUCUGCACUCGUGUCUGGAAUUUAUGUUGUAAUAAGUGCUGCAGCGGCGAAGACGGCGUGCUGAUCUGACUGUC